AUGCCUUUGAACCUUUCAUGGAGACCCAACAUGAGGUUUUAUUCUACUUCUCUUCAAGGAAGUAAACUAUUUUCUGUAAAGGACCUUACUACUCAUGAUAUGCUCCUUCAAUCAAGGUUUAUUUACCAGCCUGCAGCAGGAAUAGUUCACUGGCUUCCAUUAGGACUCCGUACCUAUAAAAAGCUUCAAAAUGUAAUUAGGAAAAGAAUGGAUCAGGCUGGUGGGCUGGAAAUGGAAUUAAGUAGCCUGUCUUCCAAGCAUUUAUGGGAGAGAACUAAGAGAUGGGACAACAAUGAAUUGUUCAAGUUCAAAGACUCCAAGGAUAGAGACUACUGUUUAGUGCCAACUUGUGAAGAGGAAAUCACAAACUUAGUUGGUGACUUAUGUUCGUCAUAUAAAGAUUUACCCCUUCUCGUGUACCAAAUUUCCCGCAAAUAUAGAGAUGAGUUGAGACCUAGGGGAGGUUUGUUGAGAGGACGAGAGUUUCUCAUGAAAGAUGCCUAUUCUUUUGACUUGACCAAAGAAGAUGGUCUUAAGUCUUAUGACAAUGUCAAUGAAGCCUAUAGAAGGAUUUUUCAAGACCUAAAGUUACCUGUGACUGUGGCCAAUGCCGAUUCUGGUUCGAUAGGUGGGGAUUUAUCAUUGGAGUAUCACUUAAUACACGAAUCCGGAGAAGACAUUUUAUUUAGAUGUAAUUCGUGCCAAACCGUUAGCAAUGUGGAAAAAUGUCAGUCACUUCCAGACAAACAAUUCAAAGGUGUACAAGAAGCAGAAUGCCAAUACUUUAUCAAUAAAGACAGGAAUACAUUGAUCAUAAUGUACUAUCCAAAGGGAAGAAAACUAAAUCCUCAAUAUGUAAAAGAUGAGAUACCAGAUAUUGAUUUUUCUAUUGACGAAGAAAUGGCAUUAACUCUGUUCAAAAACGAAUCCGAAGAAUCUUCAUCAUUUUUAGUGAAGGAGAUAAUUAGGGUUAUUGACCCCAGGGUAACCUCCAACACAAACAUGCCAGAUCUUAAAGUCUUAUAUCAUCGAAAUAGCAUGUUCACUUUCACAGAUAUUCCUAUCGUGGAAGCUAUUGCAGGCGAGAGAUGCUAUGAAUGUGAAAAGGGAACUCUAUCGGAGCAUACUGCAAUAGAAGUUGGACAUACUUUCUACUUGGAUAAGAAAUAUUCUUCCCCGUUAGAUUGCACCGUAGUCAAUGAACAAAACGAACAGACAACUGUUUACAUGGGCUGUUACGGUAUUGGAGUAUCUCGUCUAAUUGCAGCAAUUGCUCAAACAAGUAGAGAUGAAGUUGGAUUGACCUGGCCACAAAUUAUCGCACCAUAUCAAAUCACGCUACUUUCGAAUAAAACAUCAAGUAAAAAGAAUCUAGACACUGUCACCGAAAUACUGAGCUCAUUCGACGUUCAAGUUGACAACCGUGACGGAAAGUUCAGUAUGGGACAUAAGUUGAAGCAAAGUAAAGUUGCCGGGAUCCCAUUGCAAAUAAUUGUGGGAAAGCAUUUCCCACUAAUAGAAAUUGAGGUAAGAACCCCAAUUCAGCAUUCACAAGAACUCAAAGACCUCUACAAGAGAAAGACUUGGGACUGGGAAAUUCAGGAAUCUCCUCAAACCGCAGGAUGUUCUGAAAAGCAUCUAGUACAUUUGACAGGACUUGCACAAGUUGUGGAUGUGCUUCUUGAAUGUCUUUAG